GGACACAACUCUCUCUCUCUCUCACUCUCUCUCUCUCUUCGUCAACAACCCACCACACCACCCUCUUCCCUCCAACAAAAAUUCCUUCUUUCUUUUGGUAGUAGAUUCAGUUGCAUGUCCAUAUCACCAGGGCUUUGCUUCUGAUCUCUACCGUCCAUUCCUUUAAUACUAACGUACAUUUUAUCACUCCUUUCUCAUUUGCGAAUUUACGAAGUCACUUAUUCAUCCAUUUGUCGAUUUUCAAGAAUCAAUUUGUCCCAAUAUCUACAGUCUUCUCACCUUGGCUGCCUCCCAAUAUUGGAUCGUUGUCGUUGUGUCUAUCGCUCGCAUUCCCAUUGAACGAUUUGAAUCGAAUAAUUCUUCCUUUCGAAUCCCGUACAUCUCGCCUUGUAUUUUUUUUGGAACUGCGAGCGGUUUCUUCUUCGACAACAUUUUACUUUUCACUUUAACCAUAUGCUAUUCUUCUAAGGGUUUGUUCGGUUGUUGGUUAUCGAUCCGAUCUUAGGCAACAUGGCUACCAUAUCAACAACUACACAAAGUGAGGUUAGCAGCCCUUCACAGCUGCCUACCUUCGUCUUUCCUGCACGAGCUUCUCCAUCGUCUAUCUCAGCAACAUUCCCAAGAACCACAGGUCGGCGCCCGAUGUCUAUACCUACAGAAUUGCCAAGUUUCUCCUUCAAUCCUUCGACAACUCCAUCGCCCGCGAGCCCCGGGCUUUCUCCACCAAUCUCUCCAUGUUUCGCCAAUUUUGAUUUAUCAAAUUCUCCUAGAGCGGCUGGACAUCGCAGAGGUACGAGUGAAUUCAUAGGUGGAGAUGGCAAGGUAGGCUCGAAUACGGGAUUGAUGAGCACAAGUCCAACUCAAGUGGAAAACGCUUUGCCUCCACCUAAUCCAGGAAGACGUGGACAUGCACAUAGACGUUCUGCUGCUGUAUCCGCACACGAUAUCAAGAUGAUUCUGAACCCUACCGCUCCAAACCCACCGGCAAUGCCACGAGGAGGAUCCGCCCCAAAUUCUCCAUCUGGUCAUGAGAGUCAACAAGGUGCAAUUGGCCUCGCUAAAUCUCCCAGCAAUGACGAAGUCUCUUCCAUGAAACCCUUCAAUCGUGCCCGCGUUGGUUUCUCGGAUAACGUGGAAUUCAUUCCUCGGCCCGUGAGCGUCGUGUCUAGUGACACAUCUAGCACAGUCACAAUGCGACCAUCUCACUCGGUAUCGAAUUCCCUGAGCUCUGUUGUGUCGGGAGGAACUGUAACUCCACCAGCUAAUCUCACUCCUCCAAAUAAGGAUCUUCUCGCCUUACCAUCGCCCAAUAUUCGAGGAGCAGAUUCACGACCCAGAACUGCCAAUGCCAUCUUGGACCCGAUCAAGGAUACAACUCAAUCAACAGAGACUUGUCCAUCUUCAAGGCGACGUGGAUCUAUGCCUCUACUUGAUGAUAUCCAGACCGUUGCCCCUCCAAGCCCUAGGAAGAAGUGGACAUUUUUCGGACACGAGCCCGUAUCUGGUAAUUCUUCGCCAAGCCGAUCACGUCCUGUUAGCUCAACUUCUAUGGAUAGAUCGGAACCCAGUGCGCCAGUGUGCUCGCCAGCAACUCCCAGAUUUGACCAUGAUAUUUACUACAUGCCAUCCAUCGAACCCUCAAGUUCACGUAGGUCUUCAAUUUCAAGAAAAUCUGGCAAGAAACAAAAGAAAGUCAAGUCAUGGGCAGGAUCGAUAUUGUCGAGGAAAUCUCGCAGUCGCGGUCAGAAGAAAAAGGGAGGCCGCCGUUCUGCGACACCUCCUUUGCGUCCCUAUUCGGCAAUGAGUGACUCCGCGGCAGUUGAUAUUCAGCCAUUGCCUGUUCAUGCUGAAGAGCCCACCGCUCCCGAGCCACAAGACUAUGCGUCAUGGAAACCAAGACAGACUUACCCAUCUGACGACGAUGCCAUGAGUCCUAUUAUUGAUCUAGAUGCCGCUCUUGGUCCAUUCAACACCCCUUCCUCCUACGGAGCCGAAUGGGAAUCGUCACAAAAGACAUCAUCCAAGAGACGAAUGCACAGUGCGGCAGGCAUGGGUGGAUUUAUCGGACCGGGUAUGCAUUAUCAUCGAAGAGCUGAAAGUGCUCCUGAGAUGGUUCCAUUCGAAAAUAGAUUUGGCAUACAUCGUCUUGGUAGCAGCUCCACCAUGGCUGAUGUAUUUGAAGAAGACGAGGAAGAUGAUGAAUGGGAGGACACCAAGGCUUCUUCCGACAAAGAUUCCUUGGCCAGAACCGAGGAUGAUGAUCAAAAUGCCCUUGGCAUCGACAUCAAGGUUGUUGACGCGGAAGCAUUCAACAGCGACAAGAACACGGAUUGGCCUCUCGACGAAACACCAAGUGUAAACCAAAAGGACAGUGCGAGCCUGAAAUCUGGCCACUCCAAUAUGUCUUUAAAGGAUGAACCAAGAAUGGAAGAAGAAUCUAUUAGCCCAAUCGAAAUUGUAGAUGACUCUAUUCCUCCCAGACCCGAUUCCGGUGCACAAUCCUCGGAAUCUACAGCGACUCCGCCUUUUCGACCACGUCCUGCCAAAGAUCUCGCGCCCGUUGAGAUCAAUCCCUUUUCGCUACAGCCUGCAUAUCUCACCCAAAACAGUCCCCACUCGACCACUCACUCCUCGUUUCCAUCCCCCAGGUCCCCAUUUUCAUAUGAUACUCAACGCAUAUCCACGGCUCCAUCGUCGAUUGCAGAUGAAAAUGCUUUCCAAUCCUUACUACUUGGCGAACCUGGACCAGAAUUGAGAAUGUCUGUUGAUGAUGUUCCAUCACUAACAAGUAGCAAUUCUACCAUGACGAGGGAGAGUGGUGCGAAUCCAGGUUAUGUAUUUCGCGAUGGUCAACGUUCGGUUUCUGUCUCAUCUGCUAGUGGUCCAACCCGCAAACGCUCUAGCAUGGCCAGCUUGCAACGAUUAAUUAGCAGUUCUCAUGGGGAGAGAAGCAAGUUAUCCAUUGAAUCUCGUGCUCCCAGCAAUCCCGAAUUGGAGAGAAAAGAUAAAGCAAGCAGGAGCAAACGGAUCAGCCGCAUGAUUCAAUUCUGGAAGCCCAAGGAGUCAAAAGAAUCAACAUGAUUGUUGAUUGUGCUGUACCAUAUAAUUUUUGUCCCCGACUCACCAUUUCACUUACACACAGCUCUACAACUUGUGCGGGAGUAUCGAAUUCAACCUUAUGACACGAAUUCGGUACACAUGACUGGAACGAUAACCUGUCCUCAUUGAUAUUCAAAUGAUUGAACAUGGGCGGGAAUAAUGUGUAUCUAUUCACAUUUAAGGAUCAAUCGACCUUUGAUUGGUAUCCUACUUUUUUCGAGCUUCAUUGGUUUACACCUUGGCAGAGCACUUUGCACUUUUGAGCGAGAAUUUGGCGUUCUUCAGAUUUGAACAGGCGCGAUACAGAUGAAUAACUUUACACUACUACAUGCGCAUCUAAAUUUCUUUCCGGGAUUUGGAAAGACUCUUCUUGCAUUGAGGACAAGAUGUGUGGGCGGCUAGUUUCGAAACGUUCUCUUAUUUUAAUGAUAAAGCUGGGGUGUAUGGGGUAGCAUGAAGAUGAUUUAGUGUUUGCUUUGGAUUUUGCUUCAAUGACUUCUAUUUCCCGGGCGUGCGGGAAGGAAGAUCACAUUUCAUUUCAAUCAUGGAAUUUUACAAAUAGGGAUUUAAAGGAAGGAGUGGUUACAUCUGCUGGUGUGGGGCGCAAAUAUCUAUCUCUGAUAGGAAAUAUAUUUCUCAUCUUCAUCUUCAUCUUCAUGAGAGAUUGGAAUGAUGGGAUGGAGGAAGGGUGGCAUGUCUGUAGCCAGUAGACUGCGAGAGCACUCAUACUAAAGUAUGGUUGAUGCGACUAACAUAAUGAAUAUACUGAAAUUAGAAAUAUACAUUCUUUUAUGCAAUAUA